ACUGCUUCUGACAUCGUGAUAGCAGUAACUUAGAGAGGAAUCACGAACACCGCAGAUGCAGACGGGAAAACACCCUGAACGAAGCAUUUGGUUUGUCUGAAGAAGACAAACAGCGGCACCAAAACAGCGAGCUAACAGCCCCAGAACUGAUUCACUGUCACCGUGGAAGAAGUUAUGGCAGACAUCAGCAAAACAGAGAAAGUCCAGCUGCACGCCCCGGCCCUCGAAGAGCUGCGAGGAGUGUUGCAGGCUGGGCUGGAAGCCAAUUUUGCAGAAGUUCAAGUGAGCGUUGUGGAAUGUCCAGAUCUCACCAAGGAGCCUUUCCUUUUUCCUGUCAAAGGUCUGUGUGGUAAACCUCGCAUUACUGAUGUUGGAGGUGUACCAUAUCUGAUCCCUUUGCCUCAAACACAUAAGGAAUACAAUAUGAACGUAAUAUCCAAGGAGCUGGAGCUACCGGGAGCUUUUAUCCUUGGAGCAGGAGCCGCCCCUUCCAGAAUUACUGGGAUGAACGCUGAGCUCAUGCCUCUUGUUCUCACUGAGGCUGAAGGAAGACCAGCUGUCAACGGGAGCUACUUCUCCUCCAUCAAUCCAGCUGAUGGUCAGUGUUUGCAAGAAAAGUACAGUGACAAAUUCUCUGACUGCAACUUUGGACUCCUGGGGAAUCUAUAUGCCUGCGAGGGGAAGCCUGGAAAGGUCAUAGAGGUGCGAGCCAAACGGAGGACAGGAAGUAACAGUCUGGUAACAGCACUGAGGAAGACUCUGGAAGCGCAGUAUCCAGAAAAGAGCCUGGCUCUGGGAGGCACCUUCGUCAUCCAGAAAGGGAAGGCUAAAAUCCACAUCAUGCCGAGGGAGUUCUCAGCCUGCCCUCUCAACACCGACGACGAAGUCAACCGCUGGCUGAAGCACUUUGAGGUCAGCGCUCCGCUCAUCUGCCAGUCUGUGCUCGUAUCCAGAGACCCUGGCUUGGAUUUGCGUGUGGAGCACACCCAUGGCUUCAGCCACCACGGAGAAGGUGGUCACUACUAUAUCGACACCACGCCCGACACCGUGGAGUACCUGGGCUACUUCCUCCCCGCAGAGUUCGUCUAUCGCAUUGACAGACCCAAAGACACACACACUGUUGGUCGAGAUUGAAAAGAACCUUCAUAAACAGUGAUGACAAUGGAGGUUUGGCUGUAUAAGUACAUCGUACUGAUAGUACGCAAUUUAUAUGUCCAUCCUAAUCAUUUCUGAUUUUAAAUCAAGUCUGCUGUUGACGAACAAUUGUCAAAGGAAGUUAUUUGUAGUGUACUGACAUUGUCUCUGUGAAAAAAGUGCUUCGAGGACCUUGAUGCUUCAAUCGUAAUAUGAUUUAAAAAGUAUGAAUGAUGUCUCAUUCAGAUUCACCAACAUCUGGGGAAAAUUCUUUGAUCAUGGGAUACAAGUAUUUCAAAUUUUAAAAUACUGUCUAAAUGAAUAAUGCAGUAAAUUCUAGAAGGUGAAUUAUCCUGAAAGAAGAUGAUCUCAGUUUGUAUUUUAUCAUUGCUCAGCUACAUUUUCAGUAUGUAAUGACAUAAUAAACUCGCAUCCCUUUUACA